AUGUCAUUUAUCCAAAAUAAACACAAACACGCUCAUUUUGUUGUUUGUUUGGUGCAGGAUGUGAAUUUCAUAUGGAUCGGUUGAUUAAUGUGAUUGUUCUGAAAUUGUUCGAUAUUGUUGCCAAUGCUUUAGUAAUGAAUCCUGGCGGUAGGAAGGACUCACAUUAUUUCGGAAGGCUUCCGUUCACAGAAGACGACCAGAAGCUGCAUCCAGGAAAAGAGUGCAAGGAUGCCAAAAUGAAUGAGAGUUCAAAGUCGACCGAAGAGAAAUCGGCUCCCAUGGAGGUCCUUACAGAGUUUCUCUCAUUAGUGAUGACGAAGGAUUACCGAAAUGCCCUGAAAUAUUGCGAACUAAUAUUGAAAUAUGAACCCGACAACAAGACUGUCCAAGAGUUUCAUCCAAUGAUAUUGGAAAAAAUCAAAGCUCAAGAAGAACUGGAUAUCGAUGCCAGGCACACGGAAACCAGUAGCACUGAGGAAAGCCAAGACUCGACUAAUACCCUUGGGGAUGAAAAUGGCGCUGAGGACGAGGCAACAUCUCAUGAUGAAACUGAUGAUUCCCAAUUGUCAUCUGGAAGUAGCACCGACUCCCGUAGAAGUUCAGACUCUAGCGAAGAUUCAGAUUCAUGUUCAGUACCUCAGCACAUCUCCUAAAAAGAUAGUGGUGGGGGUUAAUAUUUGGCAUACCAUAUUGUUGUCAUCCACAUCUUGGGAUUAAAAUUUUGGAUAAGC